UGCGGCUCAUUUCUCUUAUUUGUAGAUCAAAUCAAAAUAUAGUUAAAGCUACCAUGCCGCAUUAGCUUGAUGGUUAUUGUUGUUCCAAAAUUUCCGCUGUUAAACAAAUGAAAUUUCCAUAAAUUUAUAAUUUACAAUUUCCAUAAAUAAUAUAAUUCACAUUAUUUUGUCGUCCAAAUUUUAUCGUAAUGAGUAAUAUUCCGCAAGGUGACAACCCUAGUCCGGGUCUUACAUGGACAUUCUGUGUGAUGGGGCUGCUGUCCAUAGCUGGGUGUGGCAUCUAUCUCUACUGUUUCUUUUUCCUCCAGACAACUCGCAGCUAUGCCAGAAAACUAGUCGCAUUCAUCGCCCUCACAGAAGGACUCAGCAUUAUGGGAAAUGUGAGUGGGAUUCUGUACAUGACCUUAGCGUCAGAGCACGAGUAUUCGGCUUUUGGAGGAGAUGGUUACCCUACCAACUGCACACCUGCCGAAACACAACCCCCAAGCGACCAGUUUUGUCAGGUGCAGGCCUACUUCACCAACUUCUUCUCCAUCUCCAGUUUCGUGUUUAACUCCGGCCUGGCGAUUCUGAUGUUGCAGAUCACGUGGUCCAACAGACCCAGCAGCAGUGUCUACUAUACCAUCAACUAUUUCGCAUUCAUCAUCCCAUUAGUUGUCACUACAACUGUCGCGGCCAAGGGUCUGUAUGGUUUCUCCGUUUGCACGACUGGAGGCUGGUGCUGGCUGCGAGAACUCAAAACCGAUGACAAUAUGUACCAGGAUGGAUGGACACCUCCUAACGACGCUGGUUUCUGGCAGACGUUCGCAGGAAAACUUUGGGAGAUUCUGACUGAAGUAAUCAUGAUUGGCUCCUACAUCGCACUGCGAUUAGUUCUGUGGUACAAAGAGUACCAAUGUAGACGAAGAGGCGCCAGUCAAGAGGUGAUCCAGACCCUGGAAGCUGUGGAGUCCUUGUACAAACGACUGCUGUGGACUCCUUUCGUUUUUUUCUGCUGUUACAUCAUAGGAACCAUCAGAUCAUAUGUGCUGCUAUACGAACCCACUUCUCUAUCCCCAGGAGCAUCAACGACGAUGUCGUUUAUUCAUGGUGUCGGCAACAACGCCCCUGGAUUCUGUAACUUCGUUAUCUUCGUUUUGUUGCACGAACAGAUGCGCAAGGAGCUCGCAAGAGACUUAGCGGCCAAGUGGGGCACUUUGAUCAACUUUCUCCUUUGCAGAACUGCAUCUAUGUUUAAAUCUGGGAGUGGAAGGACUCUGUACGACACGCCGAAGAAUCGAAACAGUUCUCGAAACAAAAGUCAGAGUGCAUUGAUGAAGUCGUCUUCGCAGCGCCGUAAGCGGGACAUUAACAGUGACAAUGACAUGUUCAGUUCGGACGACAGUAGUCGAGGAGGGGGAGAGGCGUCCGAGGCGGAGUCGAACUGUCUCUACAAUGUGCAGUCGGAUGACCAAUCAGAAGAGGGGAACGAAUGGGAUCCGAACCAAUCAUCCUUUGAUUGAAGUUAUUAAUGCUACUAACUAUUCAGGGGCGGA